ACUAUCAGCCCUCCAGGUUGCCCAACUCAAGAACAGAAGACAGCUCUUUCCUCUACAGUCUCCCAGAUGACUCCACUCACCACCUUCUUCAGCCACAAGAUGACUGUCCUCACCUUCAAGAGCACUUUGUUGGCCUCCAUCAUCCAGUGAUGGACAAAGUGGGAGGCCCUAGCCUGGAUGCUCGACGAGAUCCCCUGUUCCACCAAGGAAGCCCUUGCUGCCUAGGCCUAGUUCCAGUUGAAGAGGUAGAAAGACUAGAUUGCUGCCAGUCCAGAGGAGAUCUCCAUCUGCAGAAUCCAGUGGUCACAUCUUUCGGUCAGGACCUACCAAGACAUCUGAACGACAGCCCACCACCACUGAGGCCUUUAGAGACUCAUUCUCCCACCAGCUAGGGACCAAGCUGCCUUUUGCAAAAGACUUAUUC